AUGGGUUCUGUUGGCUUGAAUUGGUAAUGAAAGGGGUAGUUGUUGGACUGCUGACUUUGUGAUGGGCACUGACAAGGGUUCUGCUUCGGGUACCUCUCUCAUUGCUCUGUCAAGACAUCAACAAGUCGCACUUGAUCUUGUUCCGGAAUCUUUGAGAUCAGAAUCUACUAUUCGGUUGAUUAUCAGUGGAGGGGAAAGCACGGGAAAGUCAACUCUUAUAAGUGUCAUUGUUCACUCAACAAGGGAAUUUUGUGGCAGAACAGCGGAUAAGAACCUUUCGUAUAAGAAGCUGGAGGCAGAACGGCGCAGACGUAUGCAGGUUGAUUUUAAAGGAACCAAGCUGAUCAUUAUUGACGAAUACAACAUGAUCGACAUAAAAAUGCUUGCAAACAUCGAUCUUUCGAGUAAGAGACAUUUUUUCAACAAACGAACCUUUUGGAAAUAUUUCUGUUGUGCUCGUCGGUGA